AAGGCAAUAGGAGUAUUGGGAGUGACCGUUAUUUCCCCUCACUGAAUCAAUACGGCUAGUUCUGUAUCAUUAUCAAUAAAAUAAAGGCAAUACAUGGUCUGGCAAUCUCUAUGAUGAAAUGUCAAAUAUAUUUUGGAAUGAAAAGCAGAAAAAAAAAACAAACCAGUAGCAUUUGUGCAAUAUUUCGGUAUUAAUAUGAUGGUUUGUGAACUGUGGCUGUGAGCCGGUACAUUUGGUAUUCACUAAUGGAACUGUGAGGGGAAUGCAAUAAUUUUUCUGUAAUGGGAUGUAACCUCAAUUCGACCCCGGCCCUGCAGUCCUCAGCUCGCUGAAGAGCUUGUAAUGACGGCGAAAUGUCCAGACGGUGGCGUUAGAGUCUGAACAAAAGUAUCCAGUUGGCAACGGGAGCGCGCUGAAAUGCUCGCCCCUGUCAGCAUCCUCCCAGCUCCCCCACUAAUACACCAGUUUACCUCUAGAGGUCAUCAGGCAGGAUUUACGACUGGACAACAAAAGCACGUGAUUCCAAGUCGUACCCCAUAUUUGGGUGCCUACGUAGGAGGGAACCAAGUACAUGUCCCAGUCAUUUCCAUAAUUCAUCAUAAAUUGUGCAAGGGUGCUAUAGACGCACAAAACGACCAAGAGCCACAAAUCAAGCACACAUAUCAAAAAACAAAUGAGCUCUUAUUUUGUAAACUCAUUUUGCGGUCGCUAUCCAAAUGGCCCGGACUACCAGUUACAUAAUUAUGGAGAUCACAGCUCGGUGAACGAGCAAUACAGGGAUUCAGCAAGCAUGCAUUCCAGCAGGUACGGCUACGGCUACAAUGGCAUGGAUCUCAGCGUUGGGCGAACAGCUUCCAACCACUUUAAUGCCAAUGACAGAGCAAGAAAUUAUCCAUCCAACCCAACUUCCUCUACAGAGCCAAGGUAUAACCAACCUGCAACAUCUUCACACUCUCCUCCACCUGAUCCUCUCCCUUGCACUGCCGUGUCCACCCCGCCUGUCAGCGAGAGUCACCAAGGAGUGAAAAACUCUAUAACUAACUCAAACAGCACUACGUCCAAUUCAGGCACCAACAGCAAUAGUAACAGCACCCACAUUAACAGAGAAGGGCUUGGGGCUUCUUCUGGUGCUGAAGAUGACACCCCAGCUAGCAGCGACCAGGCAAGUUCACAGAACGGACAGAGUCCAGCUCCAUCGGUCCAGCCCCAGAUCUACCCCUGGAUGAGAAAACUGCACAUAAGUCAUGAUAACAUAGGGGGACCUGAGGGAAAAAGGGCUAGAACAGCUUACACACGCUACCAGACACUGGAGCUGGAAAAGGAAUUUCAUUUUAAUAGAUACCUGACACGUCGGAGGAGGAUUGAAAUAGCCCAUGCCCUUUGCCUAUCUGAGAGACAAAUUAAAAUCUGGUUUCAGAACAGAAGGAUGAAAUGGAAAAAGGAUAACAAGCUGAAAAGUAUGAGCAUGGCCGCAGCAGGAGGGGCUUUUCGUCCUUAGAAUGUCUUUUCUAUGAAAGUACUGGUCCAGUAUUAGAAUUGUCACCAUAGACUUUCUAGAACUCUUGUGUGUGACUUCUGUGAAGAAAAAAAAAUCCGUCCUUGUUCCCCCUUCCUGUCUUAGCCAUGAGCCCCUAUGCUGGGUGGUUAUAGCUACAGAUGCUUUAUGUAUAUGUUUUAUUUCGAAUGGCUAUGUCUUGACAAUUUUAAAUGUUUUAACUUAUUUGAGUAUGUAAAGCGCUAUGUGUUACUUGAAGUAACAGAACACACACAAAAGUGUUUGUUAAAAUGUUCUGUUUUAUGCUGCAUUCAAUUUGCAG